GCCUCUUCCUCCAGCCUCCUCUCUUCCAAAUCUCCAGUUCCAGGUGGGAGCGAUAAGGCCGAGACGGCAGCGGCGCUGGCUGCCGGACUGGAGACGCCACACCAGCAGGAAGCGGCUGACAGUGAUGAACGAGCCAUCCAGCCGUCUGAUAAUUCGUCACUCACGGGCACAGAGAGGUCCAUUAAUCAAAACAAGCGUGGCAGCACCAUGCAUUUUCUUACACGCACCUCCUUCUUUCCCUCUGUUUAGCUCCUCUACCUCAACCUGACGUGACUACCGGCACGCCAGAGAGUGACAAUAUGUCGCGCGAUUGGAUUUGGACGAAACGCGACGGAGAGGGCCGGCCCAUGCACGGGCGUCACAGCCUCAAGUGCUGCCCUCUCCUCGGAGAAAUGGCCGUCCUGGCAGGCGUCAGACAGAGAGAUGGGGGAGCCGGGGA